CAAGAGGAGGAUGGGAAGAGGCUCCUAGGCAGCCAAUGCCUUCUCCAAGGGGGCCCAGGGCUAAAGGGACCCCUGUGGCCCCUGCAGCAGCCACACUCCUGGGUCAGGAGGCAGCCAUGGCUUCCCGGGGGCCCCCCCUCCCUCCGGUCCGCAUUUCCGAAGCCGAGAUGGAGCUCUAUUACCGGCUCUUGCGCGCCGCAGCCCGAGCCGAAUCCUUAGCCGCCGCAUCGGCACUUCCAACCCGGGCAAGAGACAUUGUUGAUGACUUGAUGAAACAGUUUGCUUUCCUUUCAGGGGGGCGAGGAAAAGACAACGGCUGGAUCAUAACAUUUCCGGAAAACUCAACUUUCAACCAGAUGCCCGAGGAAGCUGUGACUAAAGUGUUGACGUACUUAACUCGGAUCCCUAGCCAAUGCAAAUCAAACAGCAAGUUCACCCUCAUCCUGGACAGAAGGCUGGACACAUGGACGUCGGUCAAGAUGACUCUACAGAAGAUAGCAGCAUUUUUCCCAGGCAACCUCCACCUUGUGAUGGUCCUCCGCCCCACUGGAUUUUUCCAACGUACGUUCACCGAUAUUGGAUUCCGGUUUAGCCAAGAAGACUUCCUUCUCAAGCUUCCGGUUGUAAUGCUGAGUUCAGUCAGCGACUUACUAACAUACAUCGACGAGAAGCAGCUGACGCCCGAAUUUGGUGGCACUUUGGAGUACUGCCAUACGAGAUGGGUGAUCUUCAGAACAGCUAUAGAAAGUUUUGCUUUAACGGUGAAAGAAAUUGCCCAGAUGCUCCAGUCAUUUGGUAUGGAGUUGGCGGAAACAGAGUUGCCGGAUGACACCUAUUCGAUUGAGCGCAUUCUAGCCCUGCGGACAGAGAAAUACUACCAGCUGAAGGAAGAUAUUACAACAGUCACCAAACAGGGGAAUAUGCUGUUGUGUAGUUUAGAGGAGUAUGAUACGGAUGAUGAUGCCGAUGUAGAGCAACCACAGGAGAGGUCUGGAGAGUGGCAAACGGUGAACAGAUUGCUGGCCCAGUUGCGUGAGAUGGAAACUGCUUUCGAUGGAUUCUGGGAGAAAAACCAGCUGAAAAUGGAACAAUAUUUGCAGCUCUGGAAAUUCGAGCAGCAUUUUGAAGAGCUCAGCAAAGCCAUAGGAUUUUUAAUGGAGCAGCAAGGGGAACUGCCCGACACCGGGGAUAAUAUUUCCCAAGUGAAACAGAGGCUCUCAGACCUGGAGAACAUCAAUAAAACAGCACAGGACUUGACUGGAAAGGCUCAAGUGACCAUCCUCCAUGGACAUCAACUGGCUGCUAACCACCACUAUGCCCUCAACCUGAUCUGCCAGCAAUGCAAUGAGCUGCGGUACCAUUCAGAUGUCUUGCUGGAAGAGAUCAAAAGGAAAUGCAACCGGCUGCAGAAGACCCUGGACCUCCUCACCCUAUUGCAGCAGGCUCUGGAGUGUUGUGAUGAUGGUGCCUAUCUGUUAGCUAACCAACCAAUGGAUAAAUGCCAGUCUCGAGAAGGUGCCCAGAAUGCUCUCCAAGAUAUUGAGAAGUUCCUUGAGAGCUCUUCGCCACAUUUAAAUGCUGAUCCCCAAACCCUGUAUUCCGAGUUUGACCUCAUUUUAACACCUGAACUCAAGGCCCGGAUCCAGAUGGUCCAAAUCAAAUUGGAGAACGUGCGGAGCAUGUUCGAGAACAGACAGGCUUGCUUCAGAAAGCUGGUGGACAAGCAAGCCCGCCCCGUGCAGCUCGUGGCCCCGCGGCCUGAAAACCCGCCUCGGUCGAGAUCGCCCUUGUUUUCUCCCAAACAUGCACCGUUUGAAGACGAUGCCCCUUCUCUUCAUAUCUGUUUGCAUUCCUCUGCAUCCGUUUUUCUCCCUACAUCUUUUGCCCAUUGCGUCAUCAAAGGUGUAGAUUUUAAUUCCAGUUUGAAAUUUUCCUUUGAUAUCUCGCUGCCUGGGAAGAAAACUUCGCGGAAAUCUCCAAGUUCCCGUAAGAUUGAAGUCAUGCACGAUUAUCAAGAGAAAAGGAAUUCCUUGCAGCUUUGCAUUUCAGAAAGCGAAGACAAUUUAGAUAUUUUGAAAAGUCAUGUGAUAAACGAGCUGAUAGAAACAGAGAGGGUAUAUGUGGAAGAAUUGUUCACUGUUUUGAUGGGCUACCGAGCGGAGAUGGACAACCCUACCAUGGCCUUCCUCCUGCCGCCCCUCCUAGAGAACCGCAAAGAUGUCCUCUUUGGGAACAUGUCUGAGAUUUAUGAUUUCCACAACAAGAUUUUCCUUCACCAUCUGGAGAGUUGCCUUGAAGCUCCGGAGAAAGUUGGGUACUGCUUCUUGGAAAGGCGUGAAGAUUUUCAGAUGUAUGAAAAAUACUGUCAGAAUAAGCCACGAUCUGAAUUAUUGUGGAGGCAGUGCGCAGAAAGUGUCUUUUUCCAGGAGUGCCAAAGAAAACUGGAACACAAGCUUGCCUUGGAUUCCUACCUCCUCAAACCAGUGCAGCGGUUAACCAAAUACCAAUUGCUCCUGAAGGAGCUUCUGAAGUACAGCACAAGUUGUGAAGGGGUUCAAGAGCUCCAGGAGGCUUUGGUGGCCAUGCUGGACUUGCUGAAGUCCGUCAACGACUCCAUGCACCAGAUCUCAAUCACUGGUUAUGAUGGCGACCUCAACGAACUUGGCAAGGUGCUGAUGCAGGGCUCCUUUAGCGUGUGGACGGGGCACCGGAAAGGCCCCACCAAGAUGAAGGACCUGGCCCGGUUCAAACCGAUGCAGCGGCAUCUCUUCCUCUAUGAGAAAGCGCUGGUCUUCUGCAAGAAGAGAGAAGACCACGGCGAUGGAUAUGAAAAAACCUCCUCGUACAGCUUCAAGCACUUUCUCAAAAUGAAUGCUGUUGGGAUCACUGAAAACGUGAAAGGAGACCACCGGAAGUUUGAGAUCUGGUACAGUGGUCGAGAAGAGGUGUACGUUGUCCAGGCUCAAACCGUGGAUCUGAAGAUGGCAUGGCUUAACGAAAUCCGGAAGAUACUGUUCAAGCAGCAGGAACUUAUCAAAGUUGAGAAGCAGCCAACGCUUUCGUGUAUGGACCCAAUCCAGCUUUCUCCUCCGCUAAGUGAAGGAAAGCAGACAAGAGCUUCGGUAAGCUCAGAGGAAAAUGACUCUGACCGCACCAGCCCCGUGCACUCCGACAGCAUUGGUUCAACACAGCAGAGCAAACCUGGCAGGCCUUGGCCAGGAAUGUCCCACUCUCUGGAAAUCUGUGAAGGACUCGAUGACUGGUCCAGCCAGAACUACUUCUCAACCUGCUCUGAUACUGAAGAAGAGGAUGGGAACCAGUUGUCUCCAGGAAAAUAUAAAGCCUUAGCGGACUGCAAGAAGAGGGACUCGGAAGAUCUGCUGGUGAAGAAUGGGGACGUGAUUGAGCUAAUGCAUGAAAAUGAAGAGGGACAGUGGCUGGUCAAAAACCUCAACCGAAGGAAAGAAGGCUGGGUUCCUAUCAACAGUUUGCAGAUCAUCCUUGGGGACUGUAGGUUCAGGAAUGCCAGAGUCACAGAUGCUACCCCAUUUAAGACGAGAAAAUUAAGCUCCCCCUGAAUUGAAAGGGAGGACUCAUCUCAUGUCAUUUUUGAAUGCUCCACUGGAGGUUUUGAGAAAGUUGACGAGAGAGAUGAUACACUUGUACUUUCUGUCAUCCAUCAACAUUUGACGCACAUCAGAGCUUCACCAACAUCUACCGUCACCAUCAAAGGGAAGCCAUUUUCAUAUUUUCCCCCAAUAGAU